AUGGCAAGGUUCAUUGACGAUUCCGUUGGCGAUGAUCGUCGUGAUAAUCUCGUCCCCGGUCAAGUGUCCAGCGGGCCUGGUCAGACCGGCUUAUCACAGGCUAGCCAGCUCGAUAAUUCAGGCAUUCGGCCAGGCAAACCGAGAAAGCUUAUUCGAUUCGGCACAAACUGUGAUCUUUCUGAUGAGCGAAAGUGGUUGCCUCAGCUUCAUGAACUUACGAAACUGCCCACCUUUGUGCGGGUUGUCUCCGCCUCAAAUAUGCUAAGUCAUGUUGGUUAUCCUCUCCUCGGCAUGAAUACGGUCCAGCUAUACAUGAAGGUUCCUGGUUCUCGUACUCCUGGCCACCAAGAAAAUAACAACUUUUCCGCAGUUAAUAUCAACGUCGGCCCUGGUGACUGUGAAUGGUUCUGCGUUCCCGAACAGUAUUGGGGUGCCAUCUGCAGGCUCUGCGAAAAACAUAAGGUAUACACAUAG